AUGCAAAGUUCAUUUUUCCCCGAAACCAAAGAGCACAAAAACACACCAAUUCCACCUUCAAGCGCACCCCCGCCUGCUUACAAUGAUGUGUGCGGCGGUCCCGUUAUCAUAAACCAAGAUGGUGAACCUCAAUUCCUAUCACCAGAGGAAGAGGUAGAGCGACAACAUCGACUACAGCAAGCCGUGCACGAGAAGAUGUUAGGGUUACCACGAACGACAAAGUUUGAAUGGUACCAGCGAAAAUCAGGGAUAUCAGGAAUGUUGGGAACUACCGGAAUCGAGAGCGAGGAACUACCACUACCGCUGUAUACACCCUGA